AGCCAAAGUCAAUUCGUUCUUCUCCUCUAGACGGCCUUGGUCUUCUUUUAGGAAGUAGGCUUGACGCUUGCUAAAUAAUGCUGCUUUCUCAUUUCUCAGACUGUCCCACUCAGAGCACUGAGAGCGGCUGGUGUGUGCUGGCCACAUGGGCUCCGGACUCUAGCAAUCUCCAUAUAUAGUUUCUGUAGAACCAGGCAGAUGAUUCCAGGGCACCCUCUUUAUCUUGUUAACCCUGGUGGUUCCAAGAGGCACCUGACAUUCUGGGUAUGCUAAUAAUUCGGUGCCAGCAAGUUUCUGUUAUCCUCCAGUUGUAAUUGUUAACUUGAAUGGAAUGCAAAACUUCUGGUUUGGAGCAGAGUUGGUUUUUUAACUGUGAAUGACUUGAGGGCUAUGGAAAACGGGCAGUACGUUUCGUUUAUUGUGGAAGAUGGUUCUGAAAAGCUGUUUUGAGGUGCCUUUGCUCUGAUAAAUAGAAAUGGACGGUAAAUGUGUAGUUGGUCCUGUGUCUACAGACUCCCUGGUGAGCUCUACCCUUUGUUAACUCUUGCCUUUGACACUUUUUCGGUUUAGCAAGCCAAGACUUACUUGGCGAUUAGAACAAUGAGCUUAUCGUAAUGCUGCUUUAAGCGCGCACACACACACACACACCCCCCCACCCCAACUCUAACGCCUCUAGUGUCAAGGUUUAAUUCUGCGAGCCCACCCAACUCCUUGCAAAUUUGGGAUUUUUUUCCCCCUUAAGAGGAAGUGUGGAAAUAGAGCCUGUGUGUUCAUUUGCAUUAUUGUACAUCACACGAUAUCCUUGCGACCAUUAUAUUGUGUUCUCUCAAUGGUGUUUGCUCUGAGGGUGGGACACAAGACUGUUUAGUGUCUCGUAAAACAUUUACCAAAAGCACUGAGCCAUGAUUUGGAAGGGCAUUCCGUGGCCAGAGUGUGGGAGGAGAGAGCGAGCAGGGGAAGGAGAGCUCCAGGUGUCUGGCAGGAUUUGCCUCAAAGGGCACACAAAAAAUUGAACUGAGAAAUCCCAAGCAAGCUGCCUGAAUUUCGCUGUAUAUUCCUGUUCUACUGCCUGUAAAGGACCAGACCAAUCAAACUGGUGAUUUUGGGUUUCCGCCAGCCGUGGAUGCCUUUGACAUUAUGACCGCAGAGGAUUCCACCGCAGCCAUGAGCAGCGACUCCGCCGCCGCGUCCUCCGCCAAGGUGCCCGAGGGCGUGGCGGGCGCGCCCAACGAGGCGGCGCUGCUGGCGCUGCUGGAGCGCACGGGCUACAGCAUGGUGCAGGAGAACGGGCAGCGCAAGUACGGCGGCCCGCCGCCCGGCUGGGAGGGCCCGCACCCGCAGCGCGGCUGCGAGGUCUUCGUGGGCAAGAUCCCGCGCGACGUCUACGAGGACGAGCUGGUGCCCGUGUUCGAGGCGGUGGGCCGCAUCUACGAGCUGCGCCUCAUGAUGGACUUCGACGGCAAGAACCGCGGCUACGCCUUCGUCAUGUACUGCCACAAGAACGAGGCCAAGCGCGCCGUGCGCGAGCUCAACAACUACGAGAUUCGCCCGGGCCGCCUGCUGGGCGUGUGCUGCAGCGUGGACAACUGCCGCCUCUUCAUCGGAGGCAUCCCCAAGAUGAAGAAGCGCGAGGAGAUCCUGGAGGAGAUCGCCAAGGUCACCGAGGGCGUGCUCGACGUGAUCGUCUACGCCAGCGCCGCCGACAAGAUGAAGAACCGCGGCUUCGCCUUCGUGGAGUACGAGAGCCACCGCGCCGCCGCCAUGGCGCGCCGCAAGCUCAUGCCCGGCCGCAUCCAGCUGUGGGGCCACCAGAUCGCCGUGGACUGGGCCGAGCCCGAGAUCGACGUGGACGAGGACGUGAUGGAGACCGUGAAGAUCCUCUACGUGAGGAACCUCAUGAUCGAGACCACGGAGGACACCAUCAAGAAGAGCUUCGGCCAGUUCAACCCGGGCUGCGUGGAGCGCGUCAAGAAGAUCCGCGACUACGCCUUCGUGCACUUCACCAGCCGCGAGGACGCCGUGCACGCCAUGAACAACCUCAACGGCACCGAGCUGGAGGGCUCGUGCCUCGAGGUGACGCUGGCCAAGCCCGUGGACAAGGAGCAAUACUCCCGCUACCAGAAGGCGGCCAAGGGCGGUGGCGCGGCCGAGGCGGCGGCGGUGCAGCAGCCCAGCUAUGUGUACUCCUGCGACCCCUACACGCUGGCCUACUACGGCUACCCCUAUAACGCACUCAUCGGGCCCAACAGGGACUACUUCGUGAAAGCAGGCAGCAUAAGAGGCCGGGGUCGAGGAGCAGCUGGCAACAGAGCCCCAGGGCCCAGGGGUUCUUACCUCGGGGGAUAUUCUGCUGGCCGUGGUAUAUAUAGCCGAUAUCAUGAAGGGAAAGGAAAGCAGCAAGAAAAAGGAUAUGAACUUGUACCAAAUUUGGAAAUCUCUGCCGUCAAUCCAGUUGCCAUUAAGCCUGGUACAGUGGCCAUCCCUGCCAUUGGGGCCCAGUAUUCCAUGUUUCAGGCAGCUCCAGCUCCCAAAAUGAUUGAAGACGGCAAAAUCCACACAAUGGAGCACAUGAUCAGCCCCAUCGCUGUGCAGCCGGACCCAGCCAGCGCUGCUGUGGCCGCUGCGGCUGCCGCCGCCGUCAUUCCUGCCGUGUCCACGCCGCCGCCUUUCCAGGGCCGCCCAAUAACUCCAGUCUACACGGUGGCUCCAAACGUUCAGAGAAUUCCCACUGCUGGGAUCUAUGGGGCCAGUUACGUUCCAUUUGCUGCUCCGGCCACAGCCACGAUCGCCACACUACAGAAGAACGCGGCCGCCGCCGCCGCCGUUUAUGGAGGCUACGCGGGCUAUAUACCUCAGGCCUUCCCUGCUGCUGCUAUUCAGGUUCCCAUUCACGAUGUCUACCAGACAUACUGAGACAAGAGCACAGACAAACCACAGAACUACCACUGAAGGAACACUUUACUAUUUAUGAAGAAAGAACAUGGAUUAGCACACAUAUGAAACCUGAAAGUGAAGAAUGUUAUCAGAUAUCAUACUGAAACAUUUUAUAUACAUGAAGUUUUCACUAGUUUUUUAAGACUAUUUUCAAUUUAGCAGGCCUGUGUUCAUACAUUUCUCAGAGACUUGCAAUGGCUCGUGCCUUAAUACCAUCUCUUAAAAAUUUGUAUGCUGUAGUACCUUUGUAUAGAGGUUUUUGUUUUUGUAUUUUUAAGGAUAUAUUUUCAGUAUGAAGGUUAUUUUCUUAACUUCUGCACUCCAGAGAUUUCUAUUUUGUAGUACCUUCAAUAAUAUAUCAAGUAUAUAUUAAAAAGCACACUUGAGCAGCUAGGAGACUAUUUUGAAAAGUAUAUUCAAUAUUUAAAGAUGCAAACAAUAGUGCUUUAAAAAUACUACAUAAAAUGUUAUUGUAAAAGUUAUACUGGAAAGUGCAAUUUUAAAAUGAGUAAAACCUCUAUUUUUGCUGGUAUUAAGGGUCGACGGUGUUACCAUGUGUUAUCCACGAUGGUUCUCUUUUUUAAAAGAAAUUAAACACUCAGUCUCUCCUUAAGCCAACAUUGAAAAGACUUGUCACACUUCUGAGUCCAAACACUGGAAAGCUCUCACCUGCCACCAUGACCCUGGGCCCCUGCUCAUCCUCUGUGUGUCCUUGCUCUUAAACCUGUUUUCCCCCAGGCUCGCCCACUCAUCUCCUCCCCGAAACCCCAGUCCCGACUCCGUGUUUGGCAAAUCUAGGGCAAGUGAAUUCCUCCAACAGAGAAAACAUCGAUAGCUUUUAUACUUCUUCCUGGGUAUUUGUUGGGAUUUUUUGUUUUGUUGUGUUUUUUUGUUUUGUUUUGUUUUGGUUGGGGAGGUAUUUUCGAUAGCAAAGUAUGUGUAAGCACAAGAUUUUAAUAGUUCACAUAAGACACCUUUGCAUAUGUAUUUCAUUGUCCAAUAUAAAACUUUAGUUCCUUUUCUAAUGCUUUUAUUCGUUUUUGAAGUAUGAGUUUCUAGAGACAGAGAAUGUUACUGUAGACAAGACCCCGAGAGACCCUUGUCACAGGAAGUUAUGCUUCUAGUUGCCUUAUCAUGUUUCAUGCAAAAUGUCUGUGGUCGUCAAGGGUGUUGGAAAUGUUAAGUUUCUUGAACAGGGCUUCCCUCCAUUGCUGUGCACGGGGCAAGUGAACUAAAUUGGGGCAGGCACAUUCAGGAGGAGAGAGACCCCCCCAGGAGUUAAAAGAUAGUUUGUAAAUAUCUCCUGAUGCUCGUUUUUAGUUGUUUUAUGGUGCAGAAGUUCAUGGUAUAUAGUUUAAUGCAAAAUGAAACCAUUUUAUUUCAAUGUUAUUAAAAAGUUUUGUUUUAUUAGAAAGUAAAUGUAUUGUUGCAGUGUUUUGUGCCUGUUUAAAGGCUUUUGUUUAGCAGAGUGAAUGUAAAAUACAGUAAAAUGUUAAGAUUGUCAUCUACUUUAUGAAAUACAUCAACUUGGAAUUUUGUUUUAAAGGUUCUAUCAAGGAAGUGAGGUGUGCAAUAGGUAGCAAGUACACAUUUGUGUUUUUAUGUCAUAUUAGAGAUACAUAAAGUCUUACCACUCACCGAAUUUUUGCUGGUGGCUGAAUUCUUAUUUGUGGAUUCAUAAUAGGAUCAUGCCUUUAGCAAAUGUUUUAGUUUUGUUUUAAAUUUUAAAUUAAGAGAUUCCCAAAUGCCUUUUUUCCCCCCUCAUUUUAGGGCGGGAUGAAUUUUUUAUAUAUAAGCAAUAUUUAUUUAACUAUUCUGUAAAAUUAUUGAGUGCCUGCAAAGGCCUUUAAACAUUCUUGACAUUCCUAUCCAUCAUUCUUCAAUGACAUAAAGUAAUUGUGCAAUGUUCCUGAUGAUGUACCCGGCAAGCUGCAUCCGAGCUCGCAUCCGUUGGAAUGAGUAAUCCAACAAAAUGCAAUCUGGAUCAGAUCCUCAUCCCUUGGCUUUGUGUGAAAGAAGGACACUCCUUCCCUUGUAGGAUUGUCACAGGGGUUCACGGGAUGAGACUCUGACCCAGAGGUCUUACUGUAUUUUACAUGUGCCUGUAAAUUAUUUGCAAAAAAAAAAAAAAAAAAAAAGAGGUAAUAAAAAGAAAAGAAAAAAAGUGGUAUCUUAACAUGGCAGUUACCAGACUACCUUAAAAACAAAUAUUGGUGACAUAGCCAGUUAAGUAUCAGUGAGCCUUCUGUGUAUGAUCUGUCUGUUCCUGUUUCAAAACCAUUUCACAUACACUACUGAGGUGAGUUUAUAACUUGAAAUGUGAACUUUUUUUUUUAGGGUUAAGAACAAACUAUAUAAAUGUUAAAAAAAAAAAAAGGCUUUAGGGUUCUGUUUUCAAACAUGCUAGCAGUUUAGUUGUUACCUUUAGUUGCUUUGUAUUGGAAAAGCUUUUAAAUUUAUUUAGAUCUUGCUCCAUUUACAGUACAUUCUUUGGAUGGAUGUAGUAAAUAAAGCUUCUUUAAGGCAAUUUCAAGACCUUA